CUUUCAAAGAUCUACGUCACCAAACAUUAAAACAUGGAAAAGAAAAAUUGUCUCCUUAAAUAGAAUUAACUCAAUCGACAAGUCUUAUUAGUUAUUCAAAUUUUCAGUGUGGACAGGUGUGAAUCUUAAGUAUUCCUAUAAAGUCAGAACUAAUGCAAUACGGUACGUCAUUAAUGUAAAUUAGAAAAAGUUGAGGGCCAAAGACUAUUCUUUGAGGUUAUGAUAAAUAGUCCACUUCAAAUACCGGACACAAGACACAGCCAACUGUCUCAUUUGGUCUACCAGUCUACACAAUGAAAGUUGUAGUUUUCAUUACAAGUGCGGCCGUGAUUAUUGGCCUGAUCACUUGUCAAAAAACUGCAGACCCUACUAUGUCCAACUGCGACUACCUCGUCAACGCUGGUACCAAUGCCGCUGGGGUCCAAGAGGUCAGCGUGGGGUCACCUUUUAAAAUUUUCACCACAGCGAGGGUACCAGAGGUAACGCCUGGACAUCCAAUACAAGUGACUAUUGGCCCGUUCAGUCAACACCUGAACUUUUUCAACUUCACGGACUUUAUACUAUACGCCACUCCCUCCAAUACGGCCAACCUGGAGAUUGAGUUCAUAGGGACCCCAAACCCUCACGUGGGGGUCUUUCAGAUGUUUGACCAGUGGCGGGCCGGUGCAGGUGGUUUGAGCUGUAACCCAAGGUCAAGGACUGAAGAUUCAGUGGGUGCUUUCGAAGAGCGUCUGCUUGGUAUCUACAGACGAUACUAUCCCAACAAUCCGAUGUUACAGAGGUACCAGCCGCCCGCCAGAAAUCAAGUUUCCGUCCUGUGGUGGCCUACCAAGGAGGCGCUUAUGUAUCCUGAAGUUAAAUUUAUAGCUAAUUUAAAAUCUAUGAACAAUUGGUUCAGGAUCGAAUCUACGUCAUGGAAAGUCAAUAGACCGGUUGACCAGUGGGCAAAUACGGAGCGUAUGCUGACACAGUAUCAAAACCUUCAGCACAACAUGAGGGCCAUGGAGCGACGGUUAGAACAGCCCUUGUAAAUGGUUAGGGCGCUUUGACGUCAUCACUUUGUUAAAGACAACUAAGGAAGACAAUAUGAUGCCGAAGUGUACAAUUUGAGAACUAGUUGCAACUUGAUCGAUAAUUAACAUCUUGUUUCAAGGACUGGGGACUAGGAUUCCCUAACUUCUUAAUUUGUUCAACACAUAAAAACUUUCUCUCUCUCUCUCUCUCUCUCUCUCUCUCUCUCUCUCUCUGUCUGUCUCUCUCUCUCUCUCUGUCUUACAUACACACUCUCACAUGCACACAUAGACACAAUCAUCUACGUUCACACUUAUUAACAUGCACAGCUUUUAUGCACAGAUGUCACAACUAAAAGAAAUAGCUGAAUUUAACUUUACAUAACAAUCAUCACUUAAAACUCAUUAGAAUAACCUACAGUAGACAAAUACUCUUCUAUGCCUUUUACUUGGUAGAGGCGAAUAAAAGGGAGAGAAAAAACAACAGACAAACACUAUGUUGACCUAGUUUUUUCGUUUUUUUUGCAUGAUUGUUGAAAUACAAACACUAAAGACUACAAACUUAUAGACACCAAACAUUUAUAGAUUAAGACAACUCUAUUUAUCAGUGGAUCACUUUAAAAGAGAGUUUACGUAAGUUGUGGUUGUAUCUAGAUGUCAUCACUUAUUUAUUCUUACGACUUACACCAGGAGUUGAUGGAUGAAUCGUCCGCUGUGAAUUCAAGGAAAUAGAUUUAAAAAAUAUAACAGGGAAUGGAUUGUACUUUUUUUUUUUUUUUUUGGGUUGACACGACGUGUAGUCGUCGCAAGCUGUCUUUUAAAGAGAAAAAAAAAUGAGGAUACAAUAUACGUCAUGAGGUCAAAGUGCAAGCUAUGUAGAUGUUAAUUAUGCGUAGAGAAAUUGAGAACGAGGCUGUGUCGCUUCAAAAGGUUCCUUGUUUUAUUGCUAGAUGUGGUUGUUUGGGAAUGGACCACUUGCAACCUUUGCACUUUGAACUCUCGCUAGAUUAUCUUUAUCCCUGGUGUUUGUGUUUUGUAUUCGAUUCAUGAUUUUAAAAGACCAAUUUGUAUGUUAACAAAAAAAUGACAGUAUUUUUUUUUCUGGGUAUUUUGUGAAAAUUAAAUUAAGGCAUUAAAUGUGACCUUGACCUCGUU